CUUGUCAGUGUCACCUUCAGUCAGUUGUAUUGUGUCGUUUGUGCUACAGUGGCGUUCAAAAAUAUUCUAAGUUAAUUUGUUGAGAGAAAUGUCGAACGAAAACUCUUUGGAUUUGCACCACGUCCACCAAAGCUUUCAAAGGAGUUUGAAAGAGGAGGACGACGUCGUUAUAGAGGCAUACAUAGACGGUUACAAUGAAUUAGUCAAGUUUUUAAAUCUCAUAGGAUCAGUAUUCUCUUUCGUGAGUAGUGAUGUGAAAAGUAAAAUCAAAGUGAUGGACAAAUUAAUGGAAGGUGAAGACGCUACACAUUACGACUCCUUCAAGAAGAUGAUGAGGUACGAGAAGGACAGUAACUUGUGUGAUAAGAAUGGGUUUGUGUCCGGCUCGAGAACAAUGCUGCGUUUGCAUAGAGGGUUGGAUUUCAUACGUUUGUUCCUAAAGCGUCUAAGCGAAGCCGACGAGGCGAUGAACACUUGUACGACGUGCCAGAACUCUUACAACGAGACCCUAGCUGAGUUCCACCCCUGGUACAUCAGGAAAGCGGCCACACUAGCCAUGCAUGCACUGCCGAACAGACCGGAUCUAUUAAAAAAGAUCUUUGGUACUGACGAGAGCCUGGCGGCCGCUCUCGCUGUAUUGCCCCAAACUCUAGCGUCAUGCGACGAAGUAUACUCCCGCGUCGAACAACUAUACACCGACUUCGACUUCCACGGACUACCUUAAACAUCGUAAGGCUUAUUAUAAGUAGCAAAUUGUUUAAUCCGCCUCAACGAUCAGUCUUAGCUGAGAGUGCAAAUUGCGGGACAAUAGGAAGACAGUUUUGUAUGAUGCGUUCUUGAAACCUCGCAUUAUACCUACUUGUGUGUUUGUGCUCAUUAAUGUACUAGUAAGAAUUCCAGAUGUUUUAUACAUUACGUCAAGUAUGAUGAACAGGACUGUACCUACCGAAAUAUCUUAGACGAUGUCAUGUAAGUAUUCCAAAACAAACGCUGGAAACUACAUAUCUCCCAACAAAUAAAACAUUUAAUCAAUUAAACAAUAUUGUCGUCGAUUUUUCUGUACUGAUAAAGUUGUUAUCAGCGGUUUCGAUUACAUUUGAUAUCAAAUGCAAAUAGUAUUUUAUGAACUUCAUAAAUUGGAAUGACGUAUGACUGAAUGUCUUCGUUAUAAUAUAAACGGUGCUUAUGAUUAUAAAAGUAGCUUGUUAACUGCCUAUUCUGGGGAUCUACCAUCACCUCUCGAAGAAAGACUAUGGCAGUUGUGCAAGCGAGAUGCCCAUACGCUCUGUAGCAAGCCAUCUCGCUCCCACAGCUACGUCAGCGUCACUUUGAAAAGUUAUUAUAGGCCCCUUGAAAGCCAUAUUUACUAACCAAUGUUAAAUCAUGAUCUCAAACAUAACACGGUACAUAUUAUGCAUAAUAUGUUAGAGUAAUAUAUCCAUGGUAUAUUUGCAAGGCUAUGAAAAAUAGUAUUUAACAAGUAAGGCUAUUUAACAAGUGAUAAUCGUGCUUGCAGAGGAAUAUAGGCUUUAUGUAUAUGGCUGUACAGCUAUUAUAUAUUGGUUAUCUUUAGGAUAAGAAACUACUUUUUUACGGCUAUUCCUGUAUAAAAGAGGGUUAAAUUUAAGAACAAUGUCAAUAUAUACAUAUAUAUAGAUCGUAGCUGAAAAAUUGUUGCCUUCGUCUACGUUCGGAUAUCUUCGGCAAACUUCGUUGACGGUAAUGACCGUUAGUAAAGUUUAAAAUUAUUCGCUGUUCAAAGUGUGCAAUAGAAAUAUGAUUAUUUAUAUACGCGUUUAUUAUAAUAUCUCGCACAUAAAUACGACCAAAAUUAAAAGUUGUUAUGGUAGACUGCUUUUUCAUGGUAAUUAGUAUUUUUAUAUGAAGUCGGUUAGAAAAAUAAUUAUGUUUCCUGAUGCGUAGAAGUAAUUAUAAUUUGUACUUACAUAGUUAAAAGUGAAAGAAUGCGUUACUUUUGCUACGUGGUCGUAAUGUUGCCAUUUAUUGAGCACAAGUUAAUGCCAUGCUGAUGUUGCUAUAACUAACGCAGUGCAGUGUACGGAUAUUGUUUCUUUAAUCAGUUAUAUUUUUUUCUUAUUGUCGUUCUAUUCCAUAUAAAUGUAACAUUUAACAAUAGUCAAAACCACAAACACUCCAUACUAAAUAUAUAUUUUUAGUUUAGUUAUUCACACACUAAGUUAUGGUUUACAAAAUUAUUUAUAAGACAAGAAAACUAAACAAAUCUCAUGAUUUUGUGUGAGAGACAGCAAAUUUGUUCUCUGUAGCAAAUAUACACGAAAA